AUGCAAGAGAUUUCCGCAGAGUUGACGAUGAGAAAGGUCGUUGCAAGCAUCUUAAGGGGAGUUUUUGGCGACGAUGAAGACAUGUUCUAUGUUGCCGACCAAGAGAAUACGUGCCCGGCCGAACGACUGACGACCAGGAGGCUGAGCGACGAGGCACCAAUAUUCGUCUUUGACGAUCCUCUUGCUGACUAUGGAGUGCCUCCCCCUACUGCCACAUCCUUGGUGAGGUCGCGGUCACCUCAAUCCCAAAACAACUUGCGUGGCAUGGCUCGUCUACGCGCAAUCGCACCACUAGCCAUCGUCACCGACAUUCUUGAUGCCGAGUCUUUUGUGGAUCUCGCAGGCGUCUACUUAGACCGCGACCGAGAGGAGACUACACCUUUCAUCACUAUGUCUGCCACUGACGCUGCUCGAGACCAGAAAGUCGACACACCAGAAGCUCCCGCAACGGUAUGCGUCACUUCGCCGGGUAUCGCGCUCGCCGGGGCGCUAUCUGGACCAAGGAGUAAGGGUUCUCCGGCGCCUGACUCGACUAAGGACCACCAGGCUUUCUUGGGCAUCUUAAGGUAG